AUGUCUGGUGCUCGGAACCUUUCAAAUGCCCUGCGUCGGGCACGCGUGCCUCGCCCGCGUAUCAUCCUCCGACCCACCCUCCUCCAAUCACCAGCUGCGACUGCUGUCCGCACCUUCAGCGGAAGCUCCACCGUUCGAGCCGACAAGCAGAUCAAGUACACUAGCGACGCAUACCCCAAUGUGAAGCGUGAUCCUAACUUCGGCGAGCUCACCGCCGACGAUGUGGCCUUCUUCAAGGAGCUUCUGGGCUCCCAGUCCGCCGUUGUCGAUGGUGUGACCACCGAUGCGACAGACGACCUUGAGCCCUUCAACAGCGACUGGAUGCGCAAGUACCGCGGCCACACCCGCCUAGUCUUGAAGCCCCAGAGUACGGAGGAGGUCAGCAAGGUGCUGGCCUACUGCAACGAGCGGAAGUUGGCUGUGGUGCCGCAGGGUGGAAACACUGGUCUGGUCGGUGGCUCGGUCCCGGUCUUCGACGAGAUCGUGAUCAACACCUCGCGGAUGAACCAGAUUCGCUCGUUUGACGAGGCUUCUGGUGUGCUCGUUGCGGAUGCCGGUGUGAUCCUGGAGGUUGCCGACCAAUACCUUGCGGAGCGAAAUCAUCUCUUCCCUCUGGACCUGGGUGCCAAGGGAUCUUGCCAUAUUGGAGGCAACGUUGCGACCAACGCUGGUGGCCUGCGGCUGCUACGCUACGGCUCUCUUCAUGGAAAUGUGCUCGGUCUUGAGGCGGUGCUUCCAGAUGGUACUAUCGUUGACGCGCUCUCUACUCUGCGCAAGAACAAUACGGGUUACGACCUCAAGCAGCUUUUCAUUGGUGCUGAGGGAACUAUUGGUCUCAUCACUAAGGUUGCCAUUAUCUGUCCCCCGCGGGCCAAGGCUGUGAACGUUGCCUACUUUGGACUGGAGAGCUUCGAGCAGGUGCAGCGUGCUUACCGGGAGGCCAAGGGCCAGCUGUCGGAGAUUCUCUCUGCAUUUGAGCUGAUGGAUGGCCGCAGCCAGCGCUUGGUUCACGAAUCCACUGGUAGCAAGCAGCCUCUGGAAGGCGAGUACCCUUUCUACUGUCUGAUUGAGACCAGCGGCUCCAAUGCCGAGCACGACAUGGAGAAACUCGAGUCGUUCCUCGAGAACGUCAUGGGCGAGGGCAUUGUCGCCGACGGCGUCUUGGCCCAAGAUGAGACACAAUUCCAGGCCCUGUGGCGAUGGCGUGAGGGUAUCACCGAGGCUCUGAGCCACCUGGGUGGCACCUACAAGUACGACGUGUCGAUCCCGCUGCCUGAGCUGUACCAACUUGUGGAGGACUGCAAGCAGCGGCUGACUGAGAAGGGCUUAGUCGGCGAUGACGACUCCUUCCCUGUCCGUGCUGUUGUUGGCUACGGCCACAUGGGUGACUCGAACCUGCACCUGAAUGUGUCCGUGCGCCAGUACAACAAGGAGGUCGAGAAGGCUAUUGAGCCUUGGGUGUACGAAUGGAUCCAGAAGCGCCAGGGCAGUAUCAGUGCCGAGCACGGCUUGGGCAUUGCCAAGCGGGAAUUCAUUGGCUAUAGCCAGAACGACACGAUGGUCAAGCUGAUGAAGCAGUUGAAGGCGCUCUAUGAUCCGAACGGCAUUAUGAACCCGUACAAGUAUAUCUAG